CGGGUGGGUAGCAACAGUUGCCCCGGUGAGGACGAAGCGCCAUAGCCACGGUAGCCCUGGCGACAAGAACCCAGCAACGAGAAUCAACAACAACAGCCUGAAUCCUUGAAAAAAAUAAAAACAAAAAUACCGGUGGGAAAUUCACUUGGAAUCAGAGUGUCUGGGGCCCAGUUCUCGUGAUGGCCACGACAGGCUACGUUGGGGAGUUGCAGCCCGUGACGACCCAGCCCCAAGGGGCAGCGAGUGGGAGUGUGACGGUGGCCGGACAGUCCUCAGCCUCCGCUGCCCCACACACCGUGGUAGCUCCUACGCAGCAGUUCCUGGCCGAGCUUCAGACCACGGUGGGGGCUCCUGCAGCCGCAGCAGGACAAACCACACCCCCUGUACAAGCCACUCCCACAGCGGCACAGAAGACAGCAGUUGUCCAGGUGGCACCCACACAGGCUCCUCCCCCCCAGACCCAGUAUGUGACGGCUGAGAUCCAGGGUUCCUCAUCACAGGCCAACAACGCCCAGAACGCCCCCCAGUACAUCGUAGUCACCGUCACAGAGGGCUCUCUCCAUUCAAGUGACUCUGUGUCUGACUCCAGCCCUCCUCCAGCUGUGGUACAGCAGACUGGGGUUCCCACACAGGUGGUGCAGCAGGUGCAAGCAGCCCAGCAGAGGUCAGUGGUGCAGGCAACGUCCCAGAUCACAGCCAAGACUGAACAGGGUAUCACCACCCAGCUGAGUGUCACCAACCUGCAGCCCAUCCACCUCACUCAGGAGGUGCAGCAGCAGCUCCAGCAGGUGCCAGUGCAGCAUGUGUACACCAAUCAGGUGCAGUAUGUUGAAGGAGGAGACAACAACUACACCACCAGCACAAUUCGUUCAGGCAGCUUCACCUACACAGACACCCCUUUGUACACUCAGACCACCGCCGCCCCUUACUACGAAGCCCCUCCCACUUCUGGCUCACAGGUCCCCACCACCGGCACACCCCUGACCGUCUCCGUGACAACGGGCUCCACCGGUGGUGUGUCUAUGUACGUGGCUGGCACAGGCCAGAUCGUGGCCAAUCCGGCGGCCGCCACUGGGGGUGGGGCGACAGUGGUGGCGACAGGGGGAACGGCCAAUGGGACUGGGGAAGGGGUGGGGGCUAAUGGAAGCGGGGGCAGCUAUGUGAUCCAGGGGGGGUACAUGCUGAGCGGCAACAGUCAGGGGGGCUACUCCUCCCACAACGCCCGCUCCUCUCCUGCCACCGUCAGUACAACAGAGGGCGAGGAGGGUAGUGGCGUACCGUCGGCAGACAAAAAGGUGCAGUGGCUGCUAGAUAACUAUGAGACAGCUGAAGGGGUCAGUCUGCCUCGCUCCACCCUCUACUGCCACUACCUGCUGCACUGCCAGGAGCAGAAGCUGGAGCCCGUCAACGCUGCCUCCUUUGGGAAGCUGAUCAGAUCCGUGUUCAUGGGGCUACGCACGCGCCGCCUGGGCACCCGGGGGAACUCCAAGUACCACUAUUACGGCCUGAGAAUCAAGGCCUGCUCCUCUCUGAUCCGACUGAUGGAGGACCAGCAGCACCUGGCCAUGAGACAGCAGCCCUUCUCUCAGAAACAGAGGUUGAAGCCGGUGCAGAAGGUGGAGGGGAUGACCAAUGGCACGGCGGCAGGCUCGGGCCAACAGCAGCAACAGCAGGGGGCGGGGCUCUCUGACAUCAGCUCCCAAGUGCAGCAGUACCAGCAGUUCCUGGACGCGUCUCGGACCCUCCCAGAGUUCCCUGACCUUGACCUGCAGGGGAAGGCCCUACCGGAGGGCAUAGAACUGGAGCACAUCAAGAGCUUCCAGCUGCUGUAUCGGGAACACUGUGAGGCUAUUCUGGACGUGACGAUCAACCUGCAGUUCACCCUGGUGGAGACCCUGUGGAAGACCUUCUGGAGGUUUGAAGAGAGCCCGAGUGGAGACACUGGCACACUGGCUGUACAUGAUGAGUCUGAGAAGCGCCUGCCUAAGGACUGUCUAGUGAUCCUGUGUAAGUACGACCCUGUGCUCCGCUGGAGCCGCGACUGUGACAACACCCUGUACCAGGGCCUGGUGGAGAUCCUCAUCCCCGACGUGCUGCGGCCCAUCCCCAGUGCCUUAACUCAAGCCAUCCGCAACUUUGCCAAAAGUCUGGAGAGUUGGUUGACCAACGCUAUGAUGAACAUCCCAGAAGAGAUGGUCCGCAUUAAGGUAACGUCAGCCAGUUCGUUUGCCCAGACGCUGCGCAGGUACACCUCUCUGAACCACCUGGCCCAGGCAGCCAGGGCCGUGCUACAGAACACAGCUCAGAUAAACCAGAUGCUCAGCGACCUCAACCGUGUGGACUUCGCCAACGUUCAGGAGCAGGCGUCGUGGGUGUGUCGCUGUGAGGACCGUGUGGUGCAGCAGUUGGAGCAGGACUUCAAGCUGACCCUGCAGCAGCAGAACUCUCUGGAGCAGUGGGCUGCCUGGCUGGACGGGGUGGUCUCCCAGGUCCUAAAGCCCUACCAGGCCAGCGCUGCCUUCCCCAAGGCAGCCAAGCUCUUCCUGCUCAAGUGGUCCUUCUACAGUUCCAUGGUGAUCAGAGACCUGACUCUGCGUAGUGCUGCCAGCUUUGGAUCCUUCCACCUGAUCAGACUGCUGUAUGAUGAGUACAUGUACUACCUGAUAGAACACAGAGUGGCCCAGGCUAAAGGAGAGACACCCAUCGCUGUCAUGGGAGAGUUCGCCAGUCUUGGCAGGAGUUUGAACCCACUGGAUCCAGACAAAGAAGAGGAAGAGGAGGAGGAAGAGGAGAGCGAUGACGAGUGUCAGGAGCUGUCUCUGCCCUCUGACGGGGCGGGGCUGGGGGAGGAGUCUCUGGAGCCACCUACCAAGCUGGCCAGAACCGACCAGAGAGUACUCUUCACCACGGGCCAGGACUGAACACACACACACUGAUACACACAUGCACAAACACACUUACAUCCACAGACUGACUUACACAAAUACACACACAUAACCGCAUUGAUUGAUACACAUUUGUAUACACACAUACACCAAGAAACCCUUAUAUACACUAAUAUGUACACUAGAGGUUGACACGGGAGGGAAAAUUCAUUCCUGUUCCGUCUUGCCCUGUAAAUUAGUUUUCCUGUAAUGCCCGGAUCCCGUUUCUAUAACCCCGGAACUUUCCUGUCCCAUUCUGAUACUAAUCACUCCCGUCCCAUUCUGAUAGUAAUCGCUCCCGUCCCAUUCUGAUAGUAAUCACUCCCGUCCCAUUCUGAUAGUAAUCGCUCCCGUCCCAUUCUGAUAGUAAUCGCUCCCGUCCCAUUCUGAUAGUAAUCACUCCCGUCCCAUUCUGAUAGUAAUCGCUCCCGUCCCAUUCUGAUAGUAAUCGCUCCCGUCCCAUUCUGAUAGUAAUCGCUCCCGUCCCAUUCUGAUAGUAAUCGCUCCCGUCCCAUUCUGAUAGUAAUCGCUCCCGUCCCAUUCUGAUAGUAAUCGCUCCCGUCCCAUUCUGAUAGUAAUCGCUCCCGUCCCAUUCUGAUACUAAUCGCUCCCGUACCAUUCUGAUAGUAAUCGCUCCCGUCCCAUUCUGAUAGUAAUCACUCCCGUCCCAUUCUGAUAGUAAUCACUCCCGUAGAGUAGUGAUUGGCUCCAACUGAAGCGAGGCGUGAGAGUGAGCUGGAAGGAAGGAAAUUAUCAUUAUAUUUAGAUUUUUUUAAAUUAAGUAAACGGUAUUAGGCCUACACAGUUUAUUUGAAUGAAAUGCUCCACACAUUACAAUCCUGUGGAUUGUGGAUCCUGUGCUGUCCCGAACAUGACUCUAGAACUUCCCAUUCCUGACAGACCUGUUCCCGUGUCAACCUCUAAUGUACAGUUUCUACACACAUUUGAGUGUAGAUACUGUACACACACACACACACACACAAUGUUCAUACACUCAAUGAAAAUUGCUGCAGUCUCUACACAUAGAUGCUGACCCAUCAGUGCACACACACACAGACACACACUGACACUCACUGACACACACAGACACAGUCCCAAUAAGGUCUGUAUGGCACAAGGCUGCUGUAAGCACAGAUACCACACAUGCAUGGAUGUGCACACAAUCACCGGUCCGGCAUUGCUGGACAAAGGACACAGGGUGAACUUACACACACACAUCCGCCCGACCCAUGGAGUGAAGAGAAAGUGUCUGUUGUCACUUGGAUGGAUCUGUGUAUUGAACAAGGACCUGCCAUGUUUCUCUGUAUUGGUGUCACUGGCUGACAACAGGGCAGCGCAAUGUACAUGCCAACCUAAACUACCAUCCAACAACUGUCUGCUGUACCAAGGUGGUCCUGAAGAUGUGACGGUUAACAGUUUGUUCUCCCUUACCCAACCCUUCUGUAUAGGGAGGAACGGAGGGAGGAAGAGGAUGGAAGAGGAAAUGGCUGCUUACGAUUCUGCAGUUCUAGAUUGUCCAUUUAGCUGUCACUCUCAUGUCAAUCAAAGCCCAAGAGCCAGUCAGAAGGAGAUGGGGCGUGUGGGUGACAGCAGACAGACUGUAAAGAGAGUUGUUGUGUGUGUGUGUGUUUUUGAUGCCCGUGGGGUGUGUGUGUAUGUGUGUGUGUUUUUGAUGCCCAUGGUGUGUGUGCGUGUGCGUGCGUGUGUGCUGGGGUCCUACUGCUGUGCUGUAUUUUUAGGGUGUGAAUGAACAUGCGUGGAUUUUUGUGAUCGUGUGUGUGUCUUGUAACGUGUGUCUGGUUGUACGAUUGUUGAGUCUGUGCUUCAGAAGAAGUGUUGACUGUAUAUUUGGUGGAUAUUUUCAAAGGCAUUCAAAAUCAUUUUGGGUGAAUGUUUUUAUUGGUUCUUUUUAAUUUGAUUAGUUCCUUUCCUGAAAAAGAGUGGCAUGGUUUUGGGGGUUCCUGUCACAACCAUUCACACACGCACACAAAAUAUAAAACCCUGGUUUAAAGGUGUUUCCAUGUCAACCCCAUAGAUGUGGAAAAGUAGUCCCAUUAAUUUCUCUCAGCUGCAGUGUCCAUCUGCCUCUGCUGCUGAAUGUGCAGUUCCGUAAAGAGGGAUCAGUUCAAUAUAUAUUCCUGUUUGUGUUUUCAAGUGCUUCAUUGCCAUCUGUUUUAUUGGUUUCUGUUGAGACCUUUGUGGCCUCUUGUUGUCCACACGUCAUUGCGCCAGUCUUAUUUUUUAUGUUUGUUUUGUCUUUUUCAUUUCUGUGCCAAACGUUUCUGAUUUCAAAUAACUACUUUGUUUGUUUACAUAUUCCAAGAAGGACUGUGCUGGACUGAGUUAAAAUGCGAUAAUAUAAUUAUAUAUAUGUGUAUCACUCUAUUUCCAUUUCAUUGUCACAAAGUGAACCUUUCUUUGUCUGGUGAUGUGGUGUCAAUCUGUCACACACUAAGUAUAUUUUGUGUGUAUGUGUAUUUACUGAGAGUCGUUAUUGAGUGUGAGUGUGCAUGUUUGAUUUCAGUUCUCCUCAUGUGAGCUCUCCAUACAUACACAGGCCAAGGGUCCUGCUUCUUUUGCACAGUCACAGUCAAUGACUGUCCUUUUAUAUGGUGAGAUGUCAGUAGCCUGGUCCCAAAUAUGUUUGUACUAUCUUGCCAACUCCUGGUUUGACAAUGACCUUAUAAGUUGGCGAGACAGCACAAACCGAUCGGGUACCAGGCUAGAAUAUCACAGUUCUGCCUAUUUAUCACAGACAGUCUCCACUUCAAUAUCCCUAUAGAUCUCUCUCAUGUACAGUACUGUAUAUCUGUGUCUGAUGGAAUCGCAGCGCACAGGUGUAAGGUAUUCUGAGGAAGACCCUUACAUUCGGUGCCAUUGUUGUAUGGGUUUAGCAUGGUCCCAGAUCUGUUUGUGUUGUCUUAUAGAAGUUGGAAUGACAGCACAAACAGAUCUGGGGUCAGGCUCGAUGUGAAACGAGACAGGCGAAUCAGUCACCUUAUCUUCCUCUACAUUUCUCAUUCUGUCUCGCUCGUUUCCUUCCUGCUAAUGUUUUUCUGCUGUUGAUUUUUUGUUGAAGCCAUUUUCAUAAAACAUUGUCCACCACUAUCAGUUCGGUUGUUGAACAUGUAUUGUAUGAACAUUUCAUUGCAUUUAAGUGUCACAAGAAUGUUUUCAAAGGCAGCAAUGCAUAUCUUGAGCACGCAGCGUGGACCUCUAAACCAGCAUGUUUAACCCUCUGGGGCGUCUGCUGCUACCACAACUGAUGAUAUAUCCUCCCAUGUACUGCGGAUCUCCCUAUACGAUGGCCAUUCUUUUCCAGACAAAAAAUGUUUGUCAUUUUUAUAGAGUUCAGUUUCUUACUUCUAAAAACAAAAAUGGUAUUGUGUGGCAGUGUUUUAUGAAUCUGGUCAAAUACACGUAUGACUGUGCCUUUGGGAGGUUGUAGAAUGCACUUCAAAUGUUUUUAAUUUCAAAGAUAUAAAAUAAAUUAAGAAUUUUUUAAGUUGUCACACCCUUGCCUUUGUUUUCUCCUCUGAAAUGUACAGACUCGUUUCCGUUGGAGCAGGAUGUGGGUAUUCUACAUUGUGAUGUACAAAGACUGUACUUUCCAUCACAGUGGCUGUGGUGUAUUCAUUAGUGCAAACUGUUUCAGAAAAUAAAUGUUUCUAUUGGACAAAUUUA